GUCGUUGGCCGGCCGGUGGAGAAGAGCCUCCUGCUUCAGAGGUGAGCCAGGAUUUGAGAAGAGGAGAGGACGGGGGAACAUCAGCCUCACUGCUCUGCAAACAUGCACCGACACGGGCUGGCUUUUCUGCUGUUUUGGCUUAUGUGGGGCCACUCCUGCGCACUCGGUGGAAAAGUGAACAAGCACAAGCCGUGGAUAGAGACAUCCUACCAUGGUGUGAUCACAGAGAACAUGGACACGGUGCUGCUGGACCCUCCUCUGGUCGCUCUGGACAAGGACGCCCCAGUUCCCUAUGCUGGAGAGAUUUGUGCCUUUAAGAUCUACGGUCAGGAUGCUCCGUUUGAGGCUGUGGUUCUGAAUCGCACAUCAGGAGAAGGAGUCCUGAGAGCCAGCAGCCCGGUGGACUGUGAAAUCCAGAAAGAGUACACUUUUAUUAUCCAGGCCUAUGACUGUGGGGCUGGACCAAGCGGGGCAGACUGGAAGAAAUCCCACAAGGCAGUGGUUCACAUCCAGGUGGACGACGUCAAUGAGUUCAGUCCUGUUUUUCGGGAGCCCAUGUACAAAGCAUCAGUAACUGAAGGAAAGAUCUACGACAGCAUUUUACAGGUGGAAGCCUGGGAUCAGGACUGUUCCCCACAGUACAGCCAGAUCUGCAACUAUGAAAUUGUCACUGCAGGGACGCCGUUCGCCAUAGAUCGCAAUGGUAACAUUAGAAACACAGAGCGGCUGAGCUAUGACAGACAGCAGAGCUACAAGAUUAUGGUGACGGCCUUUGACUGCGGUCAGAAGAGAGCCAAGGAGGACGUGGCUGUGCAUAUUGAUGUCAAGCCUGUCUGCAAACCUGGAUGGCAAGGUUGGAACAAGCGUGUGGACUAUGAGCCAGGAACUGGAAGCAAGCAGCUGUUUCCCAAGAUGCACUUGGAAAUGUGUGGAGGCCCCCUGUCUGGUGUGAAGGCGAUGGUGGAGCUACAGACCAAUCACAUUGGGAAAGGCUGCGACCGUGAAACGUACUCUGAAAAGUCUCUGCAAAAACUCUGCGGUGCAGCUUCAGGCAGCACUGACCUCCUUCCUGCCCCGAGCCCUUCCACAAACUGGACGGCGUCUCUGCUGACUGACAGCGGGCGAGACAGUGACCUCAUCUACAGAUUUGAUGGACGUCAGGCCGCUAAUGUUCCUGAUCACGUGGUUCCCCAAAACCUGACCGACCAGUUCACCAUCGCGACGUGGAUGAAACAUGGGCCCAGUCCAGGACUCAGAGCAGAGAAGGAAACUUUAAUCUGUAACUCUGACAAGACAGAAAUGAACCGCCACCAUUAUUCUCUGUAUGUUCACAACUGCCGCUUGGUGUUCCUGCUCAGAAGAGACUUCACUCAGGUCGACACUUUCAGACCUGCAGAGUUUCACUGGAAACUGGAGCAGAUCUGUGACAAGGAAUGGCACUACUAUGUGAUCAACGUGGAGUUUCCUGCAGUGACACUGUUUGUGGACGGUGUGACCUAUGAACCCUACCUGGUGACAGACGACUGGCCGAUCCACGCGUCGAAGAUUGAUACACAGCUGACUGUGGGCGCCUGCUGGCAAGGUGGUGAGGUAGCGACCCCCAGAUUCACCCAGUAUUUCCAUGGCAGCCUGUCAGGUCUUACAAUCCGACCAGGCCGCAUUGAAACCCAGAAGGUUAUCUCCUGUUUGCAGGCCUGCAAAGAAGGCCUUGAUAUUAACUCCCUUGAAAGCCUCGCUAAGGACAUCAAGUUUCAUUUUAACCCUGCUCAGUCAGUGCUUGUUGUGGAAGGCGAGGAUCUGGACAGCAUCAACACAGCCAUGACCAAAGUGUCCUACAUCAACUCUCGCCAGUUUCCGACAGCAGGUCUCCGGCAGCUACACAUCACCACCACAGUACAGUGUUUUGGGGAGGACUCGUGUCUCGCCAUCCCAGACAUCAAGGCGGUCGUUAUGGUCCUGCCGCCCAGUGAACCGAGAAUCACCAUUACAGGAUCUAAUCGACUCGUCAGGCCGGCCAGUGACCUGCGGAGCCCACUGGGUGUGGCACCCUUCAAAGAGAUUCGCAUCACCAGCACAGUAAUAAAAGGGGACAGCUUCAGUGGAUCCCACAGGCCAGGUGUGAUGGAGGUAAUGCAUAACCUGGAUUACUGCGACGUCCUGUUAAUUGGCGAGGAAUUGAAUCCUGAGAAAGAGAGUCUGGAGAUUCAUCACAGCGCUUUGUUAGGAAAACACCUGGAUGCCACCAACUCCACCUCUGGAAUAUCAAUAUAUGGUGUGGACUCCAUGGCUCACUAUGAGCAGGCUCUGAGACAGGUACGCUACAGAAACUGGAGACCUGCCUCCCUGAGCGAGAGAAGAUUCAGGGUCACCUGCUCUGAACUCAACGGACGUUACACCAGCAAUGAGUUCAACCUGGAGGUCAGUGUUCUUCACCACUCAGCACCUGUGGAACAUGUCAACCAUAUGGCUGCCCAACCCCAGUUCAUGAGACCAGUACAUCACCCCCUCAUGAUCCACACUCUCAACUCACACAUGUCAGGUUCAGCACCACCUGCAGCCACAGUAGUUAUUGUGGUUUGUAUCGCCGCUCUGGUGGUCAUUGUGGUGAUUGGCGUCUACAGGAUCCACGCCACACAUCAGGAUGGGUCUAGAGAAGAUGAGGACGGAGUUAAAGUCCCUGAUGUGGACUGGGACAACUCUGCACUCACCAUCACUGUAAACCCCAUGGAGAAUAUCAGAGGAGCUCAGGCACUGGAUGAAAAGGUGAAAGAAGAGGAGCUAGAGGAUGAAGAGGAGGAGGACAAAGAUGAGGAACAGGUGGGAGGGAUGAUGAGCACCGAGUCAGACAACAGCGAUGACGACGAUGAAGAGGAAGAGGAGAGAGAAGAGGGGAAGGGGACAAAGCGAGUGGGAAAACUUGUGUGGGACAGUUCCUCUGAAACAUACUGACCAAACAUAUCCCUAAUAUAGACACCGUGUCUCUUUCUGUAUGUUUCUCUCACACACAGACACACACAUAUAUGCACACAUAAUACAGACAUUCCUUCAUGCUCGUUACAAAUACAAAACACUAAAUUCCUAAUAAAAUUAUUUACAAUCUGUUGCUGGAAAUAACGCGGAAUCUGCCCACAUUGUCAUUUUUAAUAAAACAUCGCCCUCUGCUGGACAAAGUCAGACCUACAGCUCAUUGUAUUCACUGCAGUCCCUCAGUGCUGACAAAAAAAAAAAAAAGAUCAUACAGACAUCACAGUAAGUUUUACAACACACCAUUAAAGCAAAACAAA